AUGACGACUCCUUUGGCAACGGAAACGCGGCUACUGCUGGAAAAUAUAGUGACAACCUCGCCAAAUGGCCAAGUGCAACUUCAUGAUGACGUGUUCCCCGUCCAUCUGGCCGAUGGCGCCACUCUCUACCGGGUCAUGUUUUCGACGGUACUGCAGUUCAACGAUGUGCUCGACGCUGGAAAACUGCAAAACGCUUUCUCCAGGUUGCUUGACAUCGGACACUGGAGAAAACUAGGUGGUCGGCUUAAGAUGAAGGAGAAUGGAGAUCUCGAGGUUCACGUUCCAACCCGCUUUACUGCUGAACGACCGGCCAUGCUAUAUGCAUACGAGAACUUCGAGAGCAAUAUUGCCGAGCACCCGUUGGCGCCCGAGCUGCCUCAGUCAGCCGACACCCUAUCAAUCGACUCGGUGGAAGAGGUACAACACUUCAUCAGAGGGCCAACGUUUCCAACCACAUUCAACGAAAUGAUAGAUCAAGGUGCACCGCAGCUACUGGUCAAAAUCACAGCCUUUUUCGAUGCCACGCUUUUGGCAAUUACCGCGCCACAUGUUACUUGGGACGGUUUUGGCUUCUCGAGUUUCUUGCAAGCCCUCCAACUUAUUCUAGCUGGGAGGGAGGACGAAGUUCCGCCUAUGCUCGGAUCGCGACACGACAUGCUCGUAGAAAUGGCAAGCCGGUAUAGCGACAACAAAGUGGACAAGGAAGCUCCGCAAGGGGAGCAACAACAGCAAUCCAUGCCGCAGGAACCGCGGAGCUACAACAGUCUGUGCAGCAAGAGCCCCCUCGCGAGGAGCCUCUCGCGCCGCGUAGGAUGA